AGUACUGAGUUUUGUGAUUACAUACAUUCGUAACAAUCUCCAAAUUUCAAUAAUUUCAUUCCAAAUGAUAUUGGAAUUAUUUGCUUAUUUCGUUUUUUUUAGAAUCCACCUUGUGUUGUUAAGUACUACCUACUUAUUUUGCAUAUCUACCUUUUUAAACAACCUGCAAUAAAAUCAACAUCAUAGCAGCAUAAGGAUCAUCAGUCUUAACUUUUUUCUUAUAAAUUUAGUUACUACACAGACAAAGAGAGAGAGAGGCAUAGCAUAAUCUAUAUUAGUAAAUUGUUGUUUCUUUGUGGGAUUUGGGGUUUUGUUUGUUGUGGCCACGAUUAUGAAAGCAUUAAACACAGAACAUACAGCAUUCAGCUUGAAAAAAUAAUAUACUGAUUUCUAUACCCAUAUAUAUGUAUGUGUGUAUGUGUGUUCAUUUGUAUCUAUGUUUAUCGUGUUGUUAGUAGAGUUUCUGUUAGCCAACUUUAAGCUUACUAGCUGAUGUUGUUUCUCUACUACCAAACUGUUUAUUAACAAUACUACUUACUGACUAGUACUAUGUAUGAGUGAGUAUUUCUUAACUUACUGACAAAUACGUUUUUAGUGUAAUGUUGGCUACGAAGAAAACAAGAACGUGGAAUAAAACAAAUUUAAAAUUAUUAUAUAGCAUGAUCAAAUUAGAAAGUUUAGCUUGGUAAAUUUUUACGCUUCACAGAGACUAAAUAUUAAACAAAAAACACAAAAAAAAACAUACACAAACUCCAAUAAAAAACAACAAAGAAAAAAAUCAAAAAUAUCAUAACAACAAAAACUCUCAAUGCGGAGUAUGAAACUCCUUUCCAUUUACAUAAAAAAAAUACAUAGAAAAAAAACACCAUGUCUGAUUCUGAACCAGUUAGUUUAGAAUUCAUUGAAGAUCCCUAUUUACCCAAACUAGACGAUGUUACUGCAACACCUUCCCUCGAUAGCUGUGAUCUUGAUUGGAACGAUGAAACCGAUUUAUAUUUACGUAAUCUAACACUCGAUCAAAUUUUCUAUGAUACCGCUGACUAUAGCAAUCAAUUGGAAUUGCAGGCUGUCGAAACGGAGUUUAUCAUAUCGAAAUUAGCAAAUCAAUCACCCUCAAUGUCAAUAGCAAAACGUUUUCGCUUGAAGUUCUUUGCUAAACGUACAAUGCGUGAUGUUAAGGUGACAUUUGUGGAUUUUUCUAAACCCUAUAUUGCUAAAAUAUCGAGUAGUGAAAAUUAUAAGAAAUUUUUAAAUAUUGGAUCUCCCGCUCAAACAACAAUAACAACCAAAGUUAAAAGAAAAUCAAAGGGGUGGACAACAAAAGAGUGAACACGUUUAUUUAAAUGUUAUAUGCAAAUUUUUCAAAUAACUCUCAAACAUAUUCACAAUGUUUAUUAUUUAAAUAUAGUCGAAAAGCGACCAGUUUUUGCUGUUCUGCUGAAAUUAAAAAAAAAAAUGAGUGAAAUGUUAAAUUUGGUUUCGAAUUUUUCAAGUUUUUGUGCAAAAUCUAUUAAAAUUGAUUUUCAUAUAAAUGAAGAAGAAGUAGUUAUUUGGUUAAGGCACUUCAUUGAACUGAAUGACAUUCUUUUACUAUAUGGCGAUAAUUCUGAUGCAGUACGAUUGGCACAAUAUCUACAAUAUUGGGCCAGUAUCGAAUAUCGACAAUAGACGAACGAAACAUAAGUUUGAAGCAUUUUGUUGAAAUUCAACAAAUUUCUACGCAAGAUGGAUUAGAGGAUUUGGUGAUACCUUUGUAUAGAUAGAUAGAUAGAUAGAUAGAUA